AGGAAAGCAAAGCAGCAGCAUUUUUCUGAAGUACUUCAGGUUUGACUUUUUCAGCCUAGAGGAUAGACUUAGAAGCUCAUCUUCUUGUCAAUUUACUCUUAAAUGACAGAUUGGUCCUUAUAUGGAACCAAUUCCUGGGCAACUAAUAGUAUGAGUUGUUGGAUGUCCUACCUCCCCUCAUCCCCAGCAAAGCCAGGACGGAUAGAAAAGACCCCAUGAGCCCAGAGGCCACCACACUAUGCACAGGAGUAGGUCAGGGUGAGCCCGAACUGUAAAAUGGAUGCUGCGUUUUACCCAUGAAUCAGAGUCCAAAGCUUUUAAAGGUAUUCAGUAACACAGAAAUGCAAUCAUGAUUGCAUUCCUGCUAUGUCAGUUUGUAUUAAUCAUUAGCCACUGUGAGUCUUAAAGCUUUAUCUAAAAAUUAGAUUAGUUUGCUGACAAAACCUGUAAAGGAAAAAGCUUCCCCUGCAAUCUUCAUGGAUAAAUUCUGCAAGCAAGAACUCUGUUGAAUUAUUAUUAUAUAAAGUCUGUUAACAUUUUAUGAAGUCUAGAAUGAACUUUUAAGAAACAGGCAGAAAUUUCUUACUACCUGCAAUCCUGAAGGGUGGUUUCUGACUUCUCUUCCAAAAGACAGAAGUCAUCCUAGGAAGAAACUGCACAUGAAUCCACAGGAAAUGCACCACAGCCGCAGCUUUGACAGGACUAUGUAUUGCUGGAAGGGAGCCGUAGGCCGCAGCUGGAUUAAUCCCACACUGAUCAUAUGUGCAAAUGGAUUCUUCUCCACGAUGAGGCCAUCAGAAUCUUUUCUCACUCCUUAUCUAACUGGACCAGACAAAAACCUAACAAUUGAAGAAGUUACAAACCAGGUUUUCCCAGUUUGGACAUACUCCUAUCUUGCACUCCUUCUCCCAGUCUUCCUCAUUACAGACUAUAUGCGCUACAAGCCUGUCCUCCUCCUCCAAGGCAUCAGCUUUAUCGUCACGUGGCUUUUGCUCCUCUUCGCACGUGGAGUGGUGGCCAUGCAGAUAGUGGAAUUCUUCUACGGGAUGGUGACAGCCACCGAGGUCGCCUAUUACGCCUACAUCUACAGUGUUGUCAGCACUGAUCACUAUCAGAGAGUGACGAGCUAUUGCAGAAGUAUCACUCUGGUUGCAGCCACCACUGGUGCUGUGCUGGGACAGCUGCUGGUUUCCUUAGCAGAUGUAUCCUACUUUCACCUUAACGCCAUUACUUUGGCUUCUGUGUCCCUGGCAUUCCUGUGUUCGCUCUUCCUCCCAAUGCCCCAGAAGAGUAUGUUCUUCCACAGGAAACGGAUCGCAGAAGCUCUCCCAGGAACACAUAAAACAGUGGCUACGGUCAGCUCCGACAGGCCACUGAGCUGUCAAGAGGACAAGAGCUCUCCAUCUGCUGACGUGGGACCAGCCCCUGAACAGCAGGCUGGUAAUGCCAAGCCACAGAAUCAUGUGCUCAGGGUUCUGGUGCAGCUGAGCAAGGACUUGAGGGAUUGCUACAGCUCUAGGAAACUUCUCUACUGGUCCCUGUGGUGGGCUCUGGCUACAGCAGGCUUUAACCAGGUCCUGAAUUAUAUCCAAGUGCUGUGGGACUUCAGAGCCCCCUCUCACAGCUCUGCGGUGUACAACGGAGCUGUUGAAGCAAUUGCAACUUUUCUAGGUUCUGCAACAUCCAUGGCAGUUGGAUAUGUCAAAGUAAACUGGGAUCUUUCUGGAGAACUGGCUUUGGGAAUUUUCUCUGCAAUGGAUGCUGGUUCUCUGUUUCUCAUGCACUUUACUGAUAACAUCUGGGCAUGUUAUGCUGGUUACCUUGUCUUUAAAGCAUGUUAUAUACUCCUUAUAACAAUAGCAACGUUUCAGAUUGCCGUCAAUCUAAGCAUGGAGCGCUAUGCUUUGAUGUUUGGCUUUAACAACUUCGUUGCACUGGUGAUUCAGACAAUUUUAACUGUUCUUGUAGUAGAUUCAAAAGGUCUGGGACUUGGUAUCAGCACUCAGUUUCUCAUUUAUGGCAGCUACUUCACAUUCAUAGCUGGAAUUUUCCUAAUCAGAAGCAUAUACACCAUGAUUGCCCUCAACUGCAGAAAUACCAAUGUGGUUGGUGAAAGCAGUGAUCAUUAACAGAGACAAAAGGAAUGGUUGCAAGCUACAGUGCAGAAGGUGGCAUCAUCUGAACUUUUUCAGCUGGAAGUCAUGACACACAUUUUUAAAGCAAGUUAAAUAGCAAUAAACCAGUUGGUUUUGUUUGUUU